AUGGGAGGCAACUUUUCCACUUUUGAGUUUGUUGAAAAAUCGUCAUACUCAUCAUCUUCAUCAUCGCUGAUCCUGACCUUCCACUCCACUGCUAAAUGGAAGGCACACUUUGAUGCCUCCAAAGAAACUAACAAACUGAUGGUCAUCGACUUCACUGCUUCGUGGUGUGGACCUUGCAAAUACAUGGACCCAAUAAUUAAAGAAUUUGCUGCCAAAUACACAAACGUGGAGUUCAUUAAGAUUGAUGUUGAUGAGUUGAUGGAGGUGGCACAGGCUUUCGAGGUUCAAACAAUGCCAACAUUUAUACUAAUAAAGAAAGGGAAAAUAGUGGAAAAGGUGGUAGGAGCCAAAAAGGAGGAGCUGCAGAAACUGAUUGAGAAACGCAGAAAUUAA